ACUAUCUGGCAAUAUGUUGAGAAGAGGUGCUCUAACCAUUUCCAUGUUAUCAAAUUCUACAACAUUGGGGGGGUGGUGCAGGCCACGCAGGCGGCUUAAACGGAGGAAGAUUAGCACCAUACGGUUAGGAAAUAAGCGGCGAGGGUUCUGCUUAGCAUCAAAGCCAGUGGUGCAAUGGGGGGUCAUGAUGGGCCCUCUUAGGAUGCUGAAGAAGUUCAUCAUGGAAAUGGCACCAAAUGGACAGUUGAUGGAGGCUUAUUAUUCAUCUUUAAUACCCUUUCUACGUCCCCAUCUAUUUCCAUUAUGUUGAUUACUAGCAGCAAUAUCUCCUUUGCUUGGUUUUUUCUUUUCUUGUUAAGCUGUGUAAUAAGGGAUCGAGCAACUCCUAUAAUUAUUGAA